AUGUGUGCGGCCACCCACGCUGCACCAGCCCCUGGAGCAGCCACAGCCGCCCCAGCAGCAGCCCCUGCAGGAGCCGCCGCAGCAGCAGCAGCAGCUCCAGGAGCAGCCGCCCCAGCAGCAGCCCCUGGAGGAGCCGCCGCAGCAGCAGCAGCAGCCCCAGCAGCAGCAGCCACUGGAGCAGCCGCACCGGCAGGAGCCGCCCCAGCAGCAGCAGCCCCAGGAGCAGCCGCCCCAGCAGCAGCAGCCCCGGGAACUGCCGCCCCAGCAGCAGCUGCCUCUGAAGCGGCCACCCCAGCAGCAGCCACUGGAGCAGCCGCACCAGCAGGAGCCGCCCCAGCAGCAGCAGCCCCGGGAACUGCCGCCCCAGCAGCAGCUGCCUCUGAAGCGGCCACCCCAGCAGCAGCCACUGGAGCAGCCGCACCAGCAGGAGCCGCCCCAGCAGCAGCAGCCCCCGGAACUGCCGCCCCAGCAGCAGCUGCCUCUGAAGCGGCCACCCCAGCAGCAGCAACCUCUGGAGCCGCUGCUACUGCAGCAGCCGCCCCAGCAGCAGCAGUCCCUGGAGCCGCCCCAGCAGCAGCAGCCCCGGGAGCAGCCGCCCCAGCAGCAGCUGCCUCUGGAGCGGCCACCCCAGCAGCAGCAGCACAUGGAGCAGCAGCAGCAGCAGCAGCCGCCCCAGCAGCAGCCGCCCCUGGCCCCUGCAGCAGCCGCUCAUGGACCAGGUGCAGCCGUGGGGGGUGA